AUGGCCGAGGACUUGCAUUAUGAAGAGGAGACAAUGUCAGAGAGAAGUUCAGAAAGCAGUGAUGGUGGAUUGAAGGCCUCUUUGGAGAUCAAGGAAGAAGUAGGAAGUUUCCUCUUUCACCGAUAA